AUGCCGCCUCGAACCCGCCCGGUUGAAAAGAUUGCCAAGGCUGCCGCUCAGUGCUCCGCUGAGGCUACCGCAUAUGGCAAAUGUGUUGUCGCUGAUUACAACUCCGUUCACAAAGAUAUGUGUGUGAAGGAGUUCAUGCGACUCAAAAAUUGUGUCCUGGCCGCGUCUAAGAAGGGUUGA